AUGGAAUGCCCAUUGUUGAGCUGUUUUGAUGAAUGGCGGUCCUUGUUAUCAGGCAACGCCUGCAAGAAGAUAAGGGCAAAACUACCGUCCUUGCUUCAUUUGACUGUAAAAAAGAGCCCCACGAACAAGCAGUACUUGCAGAGUUUUUCUCGCGUCGUGGGGAAGCGCGGGGAGCCUCUAGUAUGGUACAAGAAGAACGGCCAUCCCUGGUGGACUGGCUUGCUGUGCAGCCCCGAGGACCCGUUUCUGAACCCCCCGCUUCCUGAUGAGCUGAAGAAGCACAGACCAGGUCGCGUGCUGGUAUUAGGCCUCGCGAUCAACUCUUACUGUUGGGUACUGCCUUCAAGAAUUCGGGAUUUCCGGUUGGCCUAUGAUGAAGUUGCUCCAGGAGUUCGUCGGCUUAAUACGGCAGCCCGCGUGGCCGUGCAGACGGCGCUGGAGGAGUGCAACUGGAAGGACCACAAGGACUGGCAGUCCAUGGAGACGCUCUUAGCAGAAGAUGCUGCUUCCGAUGCGGAGUGGAUGACAGAACAUGAUGAGCCCUCGGAUGCAGAUUUUGACAGGGUCCCGCGUAGCCCUCAGGAGGCCCCAAAGGCCCCCGAAGCUUCAGAGCCGUCCAAAGGGCGAAGGAGCAAAAGUAAGCGUAGUACUGACAAGGACAAAAGUAAGCCGACGCACAGCAAGACAAAGGUCAACAAAAAGGAGGAAACGACGGUGCAGGGCGCAAGCAGCAGCAAGGCAGCGAAGCGCACAAAGAAGCCGAAGAACGUCGCGACAGUUUCUAAAGAAGAUGCAUUGGAGCCUCGGAAUGCAGGGGAUGCAGUUGCGGAAGGAGCACCGGCUCAAGCAACAGCCGCUUCCGCAGCUGCGUCGGCUUCGCGCAGUAAGAAAAGAGACACCCCAGCAAGCAGCAGCGCAGCACCUGCCAGUGCUAGCGGUGGACGGAUUGACGGCCAUAAGCAGCAGGAAUCGCCAAAAGCUAGAAAGGAGGAGCACACCAAGAAGCAGGAACAACAGCCUGAGAAGAGCAGGAUAGCAAAGAAAGCAGCCGCCGCAGUAGUUCUCCACGCAGUGAAAGCGGACACAGAAACAAGGGCCGCAGUUGCGGUAGCAGCAGCAGCCGCAGUAGCAGCAGCAGCCGCAGUAGAAGCAGCAGCCGCAGCCGCGGUAGUGGCAGCAGCUGCGGUAGCAGCAGCA